CGAAUAAUAAUGAAUGUAAAUAGAAAUCUUGUAAUAAGCGUACCUUUUCCAUGGUGAACUGACGCAAAACAAACAUUGUCGAUAUUUGUAGUAGUUUAAUUAGAAUCGUGAAAUCGCGAUGGAUAAACGAUUAGUCGCUGCAUCUGUUGAUGAUGCUGUUCAACAAUUAUGGCGAGAACACAUACGAACUUUGAAUGGCUCCAUAAAGCAACUUGGACGCGAAAUUUCGGCAAUUAAAAAUGAGAUUUCUCAGCGUGAUUCCAUUGUCCAAACAACAAGUUACCAAACAAGGAAUGUUGAGCAACUUGCACAAGCUGGUGUGGCUGAUUUACGAGGAAGAAUGGUCAGGUGUGACACAUCCAUAGCACAGUUGGCACAUGAUUUCCGGACUACUGCUUCUACAUAUCAGCUUGACAACGAACGACUUAAACAAUCCUUAGAAACAACUUCGAGUAAAAACAAUGACCUGGAAAAAAUGGUAAAUGAGUUAAAUAAGAGGAUGGACCAACUUACAAGUGAACAGGAAGGUAGAAUAGAAGUUUAUAGAGGAACAAACAGCAUGCAGAUGGAAGCUAUUGACUCAAGGACCAAGAGAAUUUUUGAAGACAUUCGUAUGACAAUUGAAAGUAACAAGAGAUGGGCUGAAACUGAAAGAUUAAGAAUCGAACAACAGUUAAUGCAAGUUGUGGAACUAAACUCAACUAUGGUUCUUAAUAAACAGGAAAUGUACGAAAGCAAGGUGAUGGACCAAAUAAACACUGUACAGCGUGCUGUAGAUGCUUGUAAUGACCGCUGUGAAAAAUGCCACAUGGAGCUGAAGGAUAAAGUUGACCAAAGUGAGCUUGUUAAAAGUGUUGAAAGCCUUAAGAAAAUGAUGACAUCUGAACUCGCGCAACUCAAGUCUGAAUACCGGGAAGGAUUUAGUUCCGUCCGUGAGAGUAUUGACACGACUAAUAGGCUUGUUAAUGGUAAGCUUAAACUGAUGGAGGACCAACUCACACGUGAAAUAAAUAAUGUCAAGAAAAUGGUUGUAUUGAUAUAGCUAAAGCAUUGAUUCUUAUUUAAAUGAGAGACUGAUGAUGCCAUUUAAGCGAAAUUUAUAUAUUUUGUUAUACGAUUAAUUUUGAUUUCUGUCUACAUUUUCAUGGCACCAGAUCCUUCCUGUAUUAAUUUAGGUGUUAAUUUUUCCGGCACAUUUUCUGUAAAUGUAUUUUGAACAGUGUUUAUUGGUUUCAGGCACAAAGUAUUAUAAUAUUUUUUAAUUUGUCGCAAGGUGCCUUGUGUUAUAUUACUUCACUGUAGUUUAGCUGUUACUACAUACUAUUUACCUAAUGUCUUAUGCAAAUAACAGGGUCUAUUGCAAAGUAUUUGCAACAAAUUCUCCUUCACUUUGUAGAUUGUAUAUCUUCCAUGUAGUUGCAGUGUUCUCACUAAAGUUAGCUUUCCUUGUAGUAUGUAUUAAAGGUGGGUGAAGAUAGGACACCUUUUCUCUCUAUUUUCUUGUCCAAAGAACAAGAAUUAUAAAAUUGUAUCCUCACUACUUCCAUAGACCUGUGUUAGUUGUUUAAAACAAAAAACAAGAUCAGAUAUUUGGUUAUUAUGUGUCAAGGGGUGUCUGAUUUUACCCCACAGUACUAUUAAUCCCACUAUAUAAAACACCAUUACCCACCCACCACAGAGAACACUGUUUCAAAGCUCCAUUUAUCUCAUAGUGUUCCGUUGUAUCAGCAUUAGUGUUCAAAUUGUUUAAAUAAUUUAGUUCAUAACCAUCGCAUUUUAUGCAAUGUGUAAAUGGCGAUAUAUUUUAUACUUUAUAGUAUACUUAGACCCACUAUGCCAGAAAUAGAACUUUAAAUAAAAUAUA